AUGAAUCCUGUUUAUAGUCCUAGUUCAUCUGGAGUUCCCUAUACGAAUGUCAAAGGAAUUGGUUAUCCAGCUGGUUUCCCCAUGAGCUAUGCAGCAGCAGCUCCUGCCUACUCCUCCAACAUGUACCCUGGAGCAAAUCCUACCUUCCAAACAGGUUACACUCCUGGCACACCUUACAAAGUGCCCUGUUCCCCCACCAGUGGGGCAGUGUCACCAUAUUCCUCCUCCCCCAACUCAUACCAGACUGCUAUAUACCCUGUGCGAAGUGUCUACCCCCACCAAACCCCAUAUGCACAGCAAGGUACAUUCUACACACAGCACCUGUAUGCAGCACCCCCUCACGUCAUCCACCACACUACAGUGGUGCAGCCCAACGGUAUGCCGGCGACAAUGUACGCUGCUCCCAUCACUCCUCCGAGAGGCAACGGGGUCACCAUGGGUAUGGUGGCUGGGACCACUAUGGCCAUGUCAGCAGGUACUCUGCUGACUGCCCACUCCCCAACUCCUGUCGCCCCCCAUCCAAUCACUGUGCCCACGUAUCGGGGUCCAGGAACGCCCACCUAUAGCUAUGUGCCCCCUCAGUGGUGA